AUGGCUGAGGUUGAAAAGAAGGGCACAAGCUCAUAUAAGUUAUAUUGCUGCUUACAAUGCUUUCAAGAACCAUCAUCACCAGAAAAGCACGACAAUGUUUCAACAUCUGAGAAAAAGAAGCCCGGAGGAUGGAGAGCCAUGCCUUUUAUCUUAGGAAAUGAGACUUUUGAGAGGUUGGCAACUUUUGGCUUGUUAGCCAACUUUAUGGUGUAUUUGAUGAGAGUUUUUCACUUGGAGCAGGUGUCUGCUGCAAACACUUUAAACAUCUGGUCGGGUAUUACCAAUUUCGCACCCUUGGUUGGUGCAUUCAUCUCUGAUGCCUAUGUGGGCAGGUUUAAGACCAUUGCUUUUGCAUCCUGUGCAUCGUUUCUGGGAAUGGUGACUGUGACCAUAACAGCAUGGUUGCCUUAUCUUCAUCCUGAAAAAUGCGAGCCUGCAGGAAAGCAGCAGUCUUAUGGGCAUUGUGAAAGUCCUACCAGCAUUCAAUUGGGUGUUUUGUUUAUUGGCCUAGGCUUCUUAUCUAUAGGCACAGCUGGGAUUAGACCAUGCAGCAUUCCAUUUGGUGUGGAUCAGUUUGACCCAACGACUGAAGAAGGGAAAAAGGGAUUAACAGCUUCUUCAACUGACUCUGUUAGCUGGGUUUGGGGUUUUGGAAUACCUGCUGUGCUUAUGCUCUGCUCCAUUAUACUUUUCUUUAUUGGAACAAGGAUUUAUGUGCAUGUAAAGCCAGAAGGAAGUGUUUUUUCUGGCAUCACACAGGUUUUUGUUACAGCUUAUAAAAAGAGACGGCUUAAGCUUCCUGACAAUUGUGAUGGAGAGCAGGUUGAUGGGAUCUUUUACGAUCCUCCAAUUAAAGAUCAAUCAACCAUGUUGUCCAAGCUCCCUCUUACCAAUAAGUUCAGGUUUCUGAACAAGGCAGCAAUGAUAGAGAAAAAUAUGGACCUAAAGCCCGAUGGUUCGUGUGCGAAGCAACGGAGACUAUGCAGUAUCCAACAGAUUGAAGAGGUGAAAUGCCUGAUAAAAAUAUGUCCAAUAUGGGCAUCAGGUAUUGUUAGCUUCACUUCCAUGGUACAACAAGGAACAUUUACUGUGUCACAAGCCCAGAAAAUGGACCGACACCUUGGGGAAAAAUUUCAAAUCCCAGCUAGUUCCAUUAUCGUCGUAUCAAUGAUAACAAUAGGAUUAUGGCUCCCAUUCUACGACAGAAUCCUAGUACCUGCCCUUCGAAAAGUUACAAAACGUGAAGGUGGGAUCACACUUCUCCAAAGAAUUGGAAUUGGGAAUGUAUUCUCUGCUCUAUCCAUGGUAGUAGCUGGAUUGGUGGAGAGGGAGAGAAGGGCUGCGGCAAUUUCAUACCCUGAGGCUGCACCCAUGUCGGUCUUUUGGCUAGCUCCACAACUUGUGUUAAUGGGGUUAUGCGAAGCAUUCGUCAGUAUUGGACAAAUUGAACUUUAUAACAAGGAGUUUCCUGACAGCAUGAGAAGCCUUGGUAACUCUCUUUUCUAUUGUUCAUUUGCUGGGGCAAGUUACCUUAGUACCUUGGUAACCAGCGUUGUUCAUAAAGUUACUGGAACGCGCCACCACCCUGACUGGCUGACAAGUGAUCUAAAUGCCGGCAAAUUGGAUUACUUCUACUUCCUUUUGGCAGGAAUGGGGGUUCUCAAUAUGCUUUAUUUUUUGCUUUGUGCUCAUCGAUAUCGUUACAAAGUCAGUGCUGUACAAUUAACGGAAGACAAAUUAAUCCCUCUAUGA